CACAACGCGGCACGCUGCAAAGGCGGGCAGACGCUCCCUAGGUGACGGAACUUCGGAUUUAACGCGGGAAACGCACCGGUAAUCCGCCAUGGCUUCGUGGUGCACGUUGUUGAUGGCGACGCUUUUGUCAUCAACAAUCGUGUUCGCCGCCCCUGUAGCACAGAGCGCAGGUAGCAGUGAAGCUGUCGAGACUAAGUCGGACGCACCUGUGGAACAGUUAGAGAAGUUGAAAACUGCUGAAACCAAGGUUCUCGCCCCUGGAGUAAGCCACGAGCACGUCGAAUACCACCGGCUAGAUUCAGUGCAAGCGAACGGCGAACCAGUGAUGCGACUAGAACAGCACGCGUCAGCUGACGCGACGCCGGGCGAGAAGCCACACGUCCAUGCGCAGACGCAGCUUGACGUGCCGGCGGAGGGCGUGCACCGCGUGCUGACACAAGAUGGCGAGCGCGUCUCCAUGCAGGACGGCACCACACCGCCGCCGACGAGUGAUGAUCAUACGCCGAAGGUAUUCCACGGCGCAGCGCGGCUGGUGCAGGCGAGCUCAGGGUCCAUAAACACUCCUGAGAAGAGUGGUCACACCGCCGCGCGCCGCUCCUUCAACGCGGACAUCACCAGGGAGACCGAGAACAAUAUGGACCAUUACUCACCGUACCAGGGCGUGCAGUACUCUCCUCUGGACAUGGCCGAAUAUGUGUUCUGGACUGGAGACGAACGCGGCGUGACCACAGCUAUCGAGGAGUUCCUUCAGGAGGGCUUGAUGACAAAGGAAGAAGCGAUCGCGUUCCUGCAAGAGAUAAAGUUCAACAUCGAUUACCUGCGCGUCCACUACGCGCAGAACCUGAAGGCUGCCGAGGAGACUGCCCAGCAGGAGAAACUGCGGAACUUACUGCUGGAACAGGCCAAUGCUAAGGAAUACCAGUACCGCAACCCAUCUCUGCAGUCAUUCCCCUUCGGUGGUUCUCCUGACAUCAUCCGGACGAUUGCUUCUAAGAACUGGGACCUGAACAACAACUUGUCUCCUUACAACUCGCUGCCUGUCUCUACGGAGCUGCGGCCAGAGCCAGCGAAGAGAGUCUACGACCCCAUGCUUCAGACUAACAUGAUGAGCACAUCUGACUACGACCGUGACGGGUCCAUCAUCAGCGACGAAGAGUAUGAGGAGAUGAUGGAGAAGCUGAAGGCAGCUGAUACCCUCUACGUAGAGUACACUCUUGAGGAAAUUAUCUAUCAACUUGCUAAGUUGCUGUUCUCCCAGUCUCUGUCUCGGGACCCCGCGUCAGUUCGUACGGCGACGCAGCGAUUCAUGGCAUUCCUAGAACUUGAGGCCGAACGGGGACAACUGUCUAGAACGGUCGAGAAGAAAGUCCUUGACCUGAUGAUCGCAGCGCUAUCGGACACAGUGAGUGACCAUCCAGAGCUACUGCAACCCCGUGAAGGGCUCGAAUUGCCUGCUAACCGGCUAAUGCGUCAAUUCCUAGAAACGAGUUCAUCGGAGCCGGGAAUGUCUCGCGCCAUCCUAGCCGCAUACAAGGACGAGCUUCUGAAAGGACCCAUGCACAAAUUCGCGUUCCCAGAGAGAAACUAAUGCCACCACACACGGCGUUUACCUAAUUUUCAUGGCUAAUUUGAGAGUUUAGCAAUGCCUUGAACAGUGAAGUCUGAUGUCACGCAGGAAUUAAAGUUUCCUCAUGUUCUUUUGUUAGUGAAGUAGGAAAAUGUGUGAGGUUUGCCUUUGGAAAUGCUAAUGGGAAUCUUCGCUUGGCUUGGCGGAGUCAAAUAGACUACUCAGUGGAGUAACUAUGUAUUAUGGGUUAAGAUAGAGCUCGUCAAUAUUUUACGUUAUACUGAAUAACCAAAUAGCCGAAAUAUAUAGAAGUAUAUAUUUUGACGUGACACAUUGUAGGUUCGCCUUAGAUGGUAUUAACCUGCCGAAGGAUGGAACUUGAGGAACUAAAUCCGUAAGCUUGUAAGGGAAAAUGAAAAAGCCAACCCCAGAAUCGGCAAAAGAUAGAUCACCAUUAUUUUGCCUAGUUAUAGUAUACGCAACGUAUCGAUGAGAAGUACCUAGCGGUAAAACUGCCAUUUUGUAUAUUUAUGUAGAUAUACCUACAGCACUUUGCUGUAUAACAUUUUAAGUUAGUUUGCAAAAUAAGUUAGUCUUUCUUCAUCGGCACUUGUUAAAAAGAUUUUACAUUACACACAACACUUUUAUGGCUUUGUACAUUUUUAUAUACCUAUUUUCGUAAAGGUUUUUCUGUACUGAAGAAGCUGAAACCGAUCAUAUUAGCCAUGAAAAUAUGGUACAUAUUCACUUAUAUUUCGUUUAUCUAAGUACCCACAUUUUUUCGGUAUUCGUUUCGACGUUUUACCACUGCCUAUUUUAAAUAUGUUUUUAAUCCUUGCUAAGCCCGUAAUUGUGUAUUAAAAUAUAUUAUUUAUUAAGAUUAGCUCAGUCAAUUUAAAGUUUAUCUGUAAGUACCUACCUACUUAUCAUAUUUAAUACUGAAAGUAGAAUUUCUGAAACUUAAAAAUACUGAGCUAAUUUUCGGGAUUUGGCUCGUUAGAUAAUUUUUAUAACGUUACGAAAGCUUUCGAUUAAGAAAAGAGCUUUUACUAUACCAUGAAAAUCUUAUAUACAUUUGUAUGUAAAUUAUUCCAGAUCGUUUGCUGCUUGAAUAGGUACCAGCAGAAUUACAAUUGAAUGUACUUACAUCCACAAAAUUUUAAUUUCAGUAUUUUGUAAUAUUAAGUGUUUGAAGACAACAAUAUACCUAAUUAAUGUAGCUUUCUGUGUAAUACAGUAACUCUGUUAGAAUUAAUUUUAUUGUCUAUUAUUCAUGUAAGAGAAUUGAUUUCAGAGCACUAAUUCUAGAUUAAGAUACCUAUCAUACCUACUUAUACGGAAGUACGGAAAAUAAGUAUAUUAUAAAGAUUAUAUAAAAUAGUUAGUCAAAUAUUUCUUAAUAUUUUUCUAAUAAACCGUGAUGUGCAAUUAUUUGUUGUCAUAAAAAAAAUAUAAUUAUAUAUAAAUGUUAACAUGUCUUCCUGAAUAAAUAACAUACUAAAUUAUUAUCUAAUAUUAUUGGGACAUCAUUAAAUUACUUACCCAUAUCCAAAAGUACCUAUUCAUUGAGUCAAGCCAUAUCCUCAGUAUUAAAGCACCAUAUCAUACAUUUUUUCUAUAUUUUCAUUUAGAUAUCAAAUAAGUAUUAAAUAUAUUUACUCGGGAGUCCUAUUUAGGUAGAAAAAUAUACUGUAGUCCUUGCUUUGCAAGUAAAAUGUCACAACAAUGUAUUGCGCAUCACUAGAUUUUACCUUUAUACAUUAGUAUAGUGUUGUGAUAUCUGUGUAAAAAUAUUAUAUAAAAUCACAGAAUACAUAAGAUCGAUUGAUAAAAUAAAACAUUUAAAAGGCUGGUAACCAGAUACCUACCAUAUCAUCAUAAUUCCAUACCAAAUGGUCAGUAAAAUGGUUCAGAUGACUUAUGGUUCUCUGCCUCCAUCUACAUAAGAAUUACAGGCGUGAAUCAACUUUUUUGUGUAAGGUGUAUGAUCAGGAUAAUAAUGAUUUAUUUUUAAAGUUAUUAUCCACAAUACACACAGAUAUCACAGCACUUUAAAUAUAUCUUUACAAAUACUUACCAACAUCUCCCUAAACAUAAGAAAUAUAAAUGUAUAAAGAUAAAUAGAUCGCAUCUUUACUAGAAUCACAAAUAUUUUGGAUGUUAAGACUUAACAAUAAUUAUAAUCAGGCAGUAUUGGAAAUAAUGCAUAAUCCAUCAGCAAGAUUUAUAUUAUUAUUCUUUGAAAUAUAUUGUGGAUUUAAUAAAAAAGUUUAAUGUCAA